UCAAAGUCCAGGAAACCCUGCCACUGCUCCAGAUCCUUGUGCCUCAAACUCUACUGUGAGUGUUUUGCCAGUGGAGUGAUGUGCAGCAACUGUGACUGCUCCAACUGCCACAACAAUGCAGAGCAUGAAAUGAAUCGUCAGAAGGCAAUUAAGUCAUGUUUAGGUCGUAACCCAGAAGCCUUCAGGUUGAAGAGGUCAGGCGAGGUCAAAGGCUGGCACAAUAAAGGCUGCAACUGUAAACGCUCUGGCUGCCUUAAGAACUACUGCGAGUGCUAUGAGGCCAACAUCAUGUGUACCUCAAGCUGUAAAUGUGUUGGCUGUAGAAACUAUGACGACAGCUCAGAAAUGGGCCUCAAAGAGAAGAACAAAUGGCCUGUGUCACUGAUAACCCCGGCUGUGGUGGAGGCUGCGUGUGGCUGUCUGCUGGCCCAGGCAGAGGAGGCUGAGAGCGAGGCCCAGAGCCUUGCCCAGGCUGAGCGCAUGGUCCUGGUGGGGUUCAGUCACUGUCUCAGACAGAUUAUUAAGGCCAUGUUCAAGAACAAUGCAAACUAAUGCUGUGGAGACAUGUCUGGGUCAUACUUCACCUGCUUAGGAUCCAAGAUAAACAGCUGUGUUUUCAGCUGGACCAACAUGAAUGUUUAAAGUCACACUGUGGAGUUUGGAAGGCUUUACAGAUGACUUUUUAAGCUAUGCAGUUUAAAGGCUGACAUGUGGCAACAGCAAUGAACCAAACAGUGACCAAAGGUCACACAACAUUGCUUUAAUUUUACAGCUACAUCUGUACCAGUUUAUUUAAAGGGUUUAAUUUAUCUAUACUGUCUAUCCAUAUAUACAUAUAUAUAUGUAUAUGUGUGUGUGUGUGUGUGUAUAUGUACACACACACCGAACACACAUACACACACACAUAUAUAUACUUGUAUUUAUUCGUCUGUAAUCAGUUUUGUUAUUACAGUUGUUAUAUGUUACCCUAUCUUGGAUUUUUAAAGUAAAUUUAUUUAUUAAUUUAUGUACUUUUGGACUAGCCUUGAAAAUAAUUUAUUACAUAGGCUGGACAGGUUUUAAAAUAAA